AUGAACAUGGUGACAAUUAAUGGUAAGGUUAUUCCACUGGCACAUACCGUGUGCGCCUUUGCAGCUUUCUUUACAGCUUUAGUCGCAGGUUACUCGUUACAUUUUCACAAAAUUGUACAAAAUGCUCAUUAUGGCUAUCCAGACGAAUGGUUUCCCAGUGUUUCUGCGACUAUAGGUGACAGAUAUCCCGAGAGAUCCAUAUUCCAGAUUUUAAUUGCCCUAACAUCUUUCCCAAGAUUCCUUCUACUGCUGGGACAUUUUUAUCUCAACGGCUCGAUCACCUGCCUGACGAUUGGUGUGAUAAGGACCGUGAGCUGCGGUGGUUGGGUCUAUAUAACCAGUACUGAUGACCAUGACAUCCAUGAUGUGUUCAUGAUCACUUACAUCGUGCUCACUUUGCCGUGGGAUAUCAUGGUGGUCCGCUUGUCUACAACGGGCAAGCUGCUCAAAGGUUCCGUCGCCGCCUUGUUCUUCGGCCUUUUGAUACCUUUAAUUUAUUGGUUUAUUAAGCACCAAGUGGAGCAUGUCCCUGGGGCAUAUUCGAUAUAUGCUUAUUUUGAAUGGUCACUCAUUAUACUUGAUAUCCUUUUCGAUUCUCUUGCCUACAAGGAGUUUGACAGACUGCGCAUCAAUCUCCGGUUGAAGGACUCCGAUGACGGGGGAUGGCUUUUCCAAAUAUGCAAUCAAAUUCAGGAUCUUGAUCUCACAGUCGAGGAUGAGAAAAGCUUUACUAAGAUCGACGCUGAAACUACUGGUGUCUCAAUUGAGGAAGACACACAUGCUGAGGUGAUUAGGUCGACCGAUGAGGAGAUUGAGAUUGUUCUUGAAAAAACGGAAAACGUCACGGUCAUCUCGCAAGCAGAUGCGACCCCACGAUGCACGUCGUUCCUUUAUAUUCUAACAAAUACUCUCAAUUCCUUUAUGUUUUGGACUGCCGUCACGUCACUAACCUGCAGUAUCUGGUAUUUUCCGUUAUGGUACAUGGGCAUCUCAGGAUAUGAAGCAGCAAUGUUGUAUUUCUUGGCGCCGCUGUUCCUUUAUAUUCCAAUGAUGCCGACAGUUUUCUAUCAGUACGGAGUGCUGCUCGGAGGCCUUAUUGUGGUGGGGGCCCACUUGGUUGGGACUCCAGAAGCGCGAUUACUUGUUACUGGAGUUGGCACGGCGAUCACUGUGGCUACUUUUGUGCUAAAUUUGAAAUCUAUUGCUGAGAAGGAUACAAAUAGCUAUUUUUCAACUACAUGGCUACUUGGACUUGUUUUGAGCGUUGUGAUCAAGAUGGGUUGCUAUAGUAAUAACCCUCUAUGGCCCAUCAUGAACUCCGGGAACGGCGGUUACAAUCUGUUGGGUUUGUCCUUAGCUACUGUGCUUGGAAUGCUGUCGCCAUACAUUAAUUCCGCACACUUUGUUCGUGUCACCCCCGAAUCAUCUCAAUCACCGGCAGGUUUGGUUUCCAAAAUCCUCACUGGGGUUGGUUUUGGUUCUUUAAUCUUCGGGAUCCACCAACUGUUAACAGAUGCCUCGACCGUCAUUUACUGGUCAUGGGAGGGUUAUGAUCAACAAAACCAAGGACCUCUUUCCUGGCCCUGGAGCGGUCUGACGUGUCUGACCAUGCUGAUGGCAACCGUAACUUCUCACAAAUUUUCAGGAAAGCCUUUUAUUCCUGCCGUUUUGCUUGCGUUAUCUACUGCGGUGCUUUGCGAUGGCCGCGCUACUGGGUGGAACAAAUAUGUUUGUGGUGGUUUGGUAUAUGUUACUGCGAUGGUCUGGUUUGUUCCAACAUAUUUUUCUGCGCUGGCAAUCAAUGCUAGCAUCUUCAGCUUCGCCUUGUCAUUCUUCGUUUAUAUUGUCAUGGUGUUGGCACAUGUUUGGGUUGUUGCCUAUGCUUUCGUCCCAUUUGGGUGGGUUCUGAGGGAAAGAAUUUGGAUUGUGCUAGCAAUUAGUACCGCGUGUAUUAUCGUUGGUAGCGUUGCCGCCCGUUUUUCGAUCAGAAAUUCGUCCGAUGGAAAAUCUGCCCCUAGCAAUGCCUUUAUCAAGCGUAUGGGAUUGCUUGCUGUGCUAACUGUAGGGAUGAUUGCAUCUUUCACAUAUCAUCAGAGACCUACUGGCGUGCCUGCACCAUACCAUCCUGAUUCCAAGGUUCUAACAGCAGGUAUCUGGACCAUUCAUUUUGGAUUGGAUAAUGAUAUGUGGUCAUCAGAAGAGUCUAUGAUAUUUUUGAUGAAGGAAAUGCAAUUGGAUGUUGUAGGCUUGCUAGAAACGGACACCCAACGCAUCGUUAUGGGUAAUAGAGAUCUGACAAGUAAGCUGGGACAUGAGUUGAACAUGUACGCAGAUUACGGACCAGGACCAAACAAGCAUACUUGGGGCUGUAUCCUAUUGUCAAAGUUUCCGAUAAUCAAUUCGACGCAUUACUUGAUGCCUUCCCCAGACGGCGAGCUGGCUCCUGCUAUUCAUGCAACCAUCAAAACUUAUGAUGAUAUACUGGUUGACGUUUUUGUUUUCCACGGCGGUCAAGAGGAAGACGUGGAAGACAGAAGACUGCAAAGUGAGGCCUUAUCGAAAUUAAUGGGUAGCACUGAUCGUCCCUCAAUUUUACUAAGUUAUCUGGUAACCAACCCACACGAGGGAAACUACAACACCUUUGUAAGUGAGGAAUCAGGAAUGCAUGACAUCGAUCCAGAGGACGAUGACAGAUGGUGCCAAUACAUACUGUACAAGAACCUGCGGAGGACCGGUUACGCGAGAAUUUCGAGAGGGAAAGUAACCGACACAGAAUUACAGGUUGGGAAGUUUCAAGUUCUAAAUCAGACACAACUCGCGGAACUUGGCGACAACAUUUAUGAUUAUGAGAAAACUGAUGAUCCAGAGAACGACGAUUUCCGUUUCCCUGAUAAGUUUUUCGAUGAAGGCGAGAGAGGUCAUUGUUACCAUGUUUUUGACAAGCCACUUUAUUACUCUUCUAGCAAUUGA